AUGUUUCAACCUUCCAAACCAUCAUCAUCCUCCACACGGCAACCACCUCAAUUGUUUCCAUGUCCCUACGAAAAUUGUUUGUCCCAUCAACAACAACAAGAUCAUUCUCUCUUUUCCGAAAAUGAUCUCGUGAAACAUUGUUUGCAACAUCAUGCCCGAGAAAAUUCCAAACAAAUUUGUACCAUUUGUGAUUUACGAAAUAAUGAUCGGAGCUUGAAGGGAUCACGUGAUUGGGGAUUUUCUACGCACUUGUAUUUUGAACAUGGAGAAAUGGCUACUCCCGAGGCUAAACGGAAAGAAGAAAUUCAGCAAGAAAUGUCAAGUAAACCAACGUAUAGUUUUGCCCUUGUCAUUGUCCGUCAACCUUCCACUGGUAAAUUUCUUCUCGUUGAAGAAUGUUGUUCACAAGGUUGGUGGCUACCAGCAGGCCGAGUGGAUCCAGGAGAACGUUUUGAAGAAGCAGCUCUUCGUGAAACAGUAGAAGAAGCUGGCAUUCAAGUCGAAUUGAAAAACAUUUUACGAGUGGAAUAUUCUCCUUUCCAAAAAGGAGGAGCCAGACAACGAAUUAUCUUUUAUGCAGAACCUGUUGAAAAAGAUCCCGUGUUGAAAAGUGUGGCUGAUUUUGAGAGUGUUGGUGCUCAAUGGUUCUCGUACGAUGAAUUUGUGAAUCAAUUUUUGAAUCCAUCGACUCGAACCAAGAAAUUGAGAGGUACUGAACCCGUUCAAUGGUUUAAAUAUGUACAUUCUGGAAAACCCAUGUAUCCCUUGUCCAUGUUGACACUUGAGGGAGAACCUUAA